AUGCCUCUCUCAAAAGAUCUCCUUCAUCAUUCUCCGGAGGAGGAGAAGAGGAAACACAAGAAGAAGGGCCUGAUGCAAAGCCCCAAUUCCUGUUUCAUUGACGUGAAGUGUCCAGGAUGCUAUACGAUCACCACGGUCUUCAGCCAUGCACAGACGGUAGUUCUGUGUGUUGGCUGCUCCACUGUCCUCCACCAGCCGGCAGGAGGAGAAGCAAGGCUCACAGAAGGAUGCUCCUUCAGGAGGAAGCAGCACUAA